AUGUGCAUGAUUUGCAAAGACCCUACCAAAGUUCACGUAAGCUUUUAUAUUGCCAUAGACCCUUUAAUGUCUGGUUACUGAGAACUAAAUUAACUUACUUGGUCCUCCAACUAAAUGGCUUGAAAGAAUACACUAUUAAAUUUUGACAAUAAUAAUAAAAACAGUUUGAAGACUCUUGAGAUCAUUUAUCGAAGGUAACAUUAACAAAAGUCAUGUCGAACGAAUUUACAGAAUCCUAUGUACGGAGGAACGAAUGUCUCACGACCGGACUCCAAUAGUUCUACUCAUCUCCCCCAAACUUACGUCCCACCAUCGCACAUGAUCGACACCUCAAUGCCACCCCCAAACUUCAUGUUCAUGCCCUCCCCAGUAUCAUUCCCAACAGGACUCCCUCCUCCAAUAUGUGCUCCAUUUACCGUACCAUUUUAUGGCCAAGCCACAACUUUGUCGCAAUCACAGGAUUCGCCCCGAUCGAUCGAAAGUUCAGAAUCUGUCGUUUUACCUCCACCGCCCCCACCGCCUACCGUAACCAUAACCCCUACAAACACAGACAAAUGUAACACCGAAAAGAAGGAAGGCAAAGAAAAGGUAAGAACAUAAGAAUGGCUAAUUUACAAUAUUUAGAAUGCAUCAAAUGUUGCGGAAAUGCUGUCAGAAGACCCGAUUCUCAAAGAUCUCGGGAAGCCUCUAAAACGACCAUUAACUACGACACCCACAAGUGAUAGCACCACAAAGAAAAUUAAAAUCGAACAAACAACCAAAUCGCCGAAGAAGAGUGUAAACAGCUCGAAAGAUGACAUUAUUAUUAUUGAAUCGACUAGUGCAACGCCUGCUAGUCCCAAGAAAAGCGGAGACACUAAACCAACAAAAAAAAGUCCAACAAUCGGCUGACAUUGAUGUUAUAAUCAUCGACGAACAAAAGCCAGCCAAAGCUGAUAAUAUUGAUGAUUUCAAAAGCAAAAUUGUAAAGACAGAAGAAGUCAAAACCAAAACUGACGCCCUUAAGGCAGAUAAGCUACACAAGUCUCCAGAAAAAGCAAAAAAGUUCGAAAUUGUGUCUCAAAAAGACGUCCAUAACGAGCUUAAACCGAUCAGAGUAGAAGUCAAGGUUGAUUUGAAGAAACAAGAUGAUAAAAACGUAAAAGCGACCAUUAGUGUACCAACGUUUCCGAAGAAAUCGACGGAAGAAAAGAAACAAAAAGUUCACAAAAACAAUACUACUUCUUCAAAUACACCAACAAAGCAUCAUCAUAAGCACCAUAAGAAAGACGACAAACAUUGUGUGAAGGCAUCAGUGUCAGAAGAGUGCCGCAAGAAGGAAAGUUCUGAUCACGAAAAGAAGAUCAAGUUGGAUGGACCAACAACAUGUGAGCCAAAACCUGAAACUAUGAGAUCGCCGAAAAGAGAAGUCGAAAACACAACUCCAGAAGAAAGCCCGAAGAAGGAAAAGAAGAAGAAGUACAAACUACCAAAGAUAUCCGAGAAGUUCAGAAAGUACGUCCACAUCGACAUACAUCCCAACGGUGGAGCAUCAAUUCUACGAGCCGACUGGCACAAGAUACGCCAACACUUUGACAAAGCAGACCGAGCCCAGUUUUCUCAAGAAUUCGUGACGUUGGGAUUGGCUGAAAUCAACGAAACUCCUGUAUUUGUAAUCUGCAUUCUAGAGCACGCCGCUGAAUACAUGGGCAGCAUCUUGGACCUUCUGAAUGAGAAACACAACCACCUGCCAGUAAAAGUAGGAAGUCUAGUUAACAAACAAGUAGUAGAAACAAUGGCAGUAGGAGAAUAUUACAAACAUGUUAUGGAAUCGUGCAGGCAAGGAACCUUCAGAUACGGACCCUUAAAUGCUCUGAGUUUAGUCGGAACGAAACAAGAAGAAUGUGGAGACUACUUCAAGGCAAGUAAUAUUUUCAUUUCAUUUCAUUAACACGAAUUUAACUCAAAGUUGUCUCGAGGAGCCAGUAAAAAUUAGUUUAUUUUCCAAAUUCAAAACAAAAAAAUUUUUACGGGUUUCUCGAGAUAUUAUAAGAAUAAGAAAGAUGAUGUCUAUACUAUAAUUUACAAUAUCAUACAUGACAAAAAUAAUUUCAGGACGUAAUCGACUUGUUGGAACGAAGUCCAGUGUUAAGGUCGUUAAUGCCUUGGGGAAAGAUGGCAAUAACUUGUGAUCAAGACCCUACCGACAGUGACGAUGGCCCAAUUUUCUGGGUCCGUCCAGGAGAACAACUCAUUCCCACAGACGAAUUAAAAGAAGACGUCAAAGCCAAACGACGGAACAGUAGCAACAGAAAAGUCGGAACGGCAAUCAGAUCUUUGGAUAGGAGAGAAGUCUUGUUCGAAGAUCGAACACCGUGCCAUGCUGAUCAUGUUGGUGAUGGUCUCGAACGGCAUACUACUGCUGCUGUCGGUAUAUUACAAUCAAUUCGAGGUCCUAAUGAACAUAAGUAAGUUUAAUUUUCUUUUAUCCCUUCUAUGUGACCAUAUUUAUUAAUAAGAACAUGAGAACAAGAACCUCAGGAUCUGUUCGCCAAGGCACAGGGUGGUAAAGUACGCGGAACCCGUAGAAUUUACUUUCGUUUGUUGAACUGAGACAACGAGGUAAUUUUUACGGGUACCCUGUGUUUUACUCACCGCCUUAGAAUAACAUAUUAUUUUUAAAAAUACAGUUUGUGUUAUAUAACAUAAUACUUAUACGUCCUAAUUUCAGAGAAGAAGAAAGUCGUGUAGUAAAAGACGUUGUAUGUUUCCAUGCUAGUGAUUUUGAUAGGAUUGUGGAAACAUUACGAUUAGACCUCUAUGAACCUCCUAUGUCACAAGUAAGUUACCCUCAUUACUAAGCAUUAACAAGGUAACCUAGAUUUCUUUGUAUCCGUAGGCAUUAGUGUAGCUCAUUAACUCAGAGUACUUUAACAAGAUUAACAUUAUAUUACACACCAUUUUCAGUGCGUCCAAUGGGUUGAGGAAGCCAAGUUAAAUCAACUACGCCGAGAAGGCGUUCGUUACGCCAAGUUCGGUCUACACGAGAACUGCAUCUACUUCCUGCCACGAAAGAUUAUCCACCAGUUCAGAACCGUGAGCGCCUGCUCUUCUAUAGCCUGGCACGUUAGACUGAAACAAUAUUACCCAGAAGACAACAGUUAA